AUGAUGGAUUCAGUUCUAUCAACAAUAGAAAAAAUUAAGCUACAGGAACAAGAGCAAGAAAUAAAAUUAAAAGAAAAAAGAGAAUAUGAAACUAAUAUAACAUUACUUCAACGAAGUAUUCGCGAUGCAUUGUCGCUAAAAGACAAACUGCGCGAUGAGGAGAAGGCUUUAAAUGAAAGGAUACUAAAACUGGUGUCGCAGAUAGAGUUAGAGAAAAUAAGAAAUAAAGCUAUUAAGACCGAAAAUUAUAAUAUUUCGAAUGUAUGGAAAAUUCGGUCAUCCUAUUGUGAAGCGGUAACGCAAACUUCAGAUGAAUACGAUGUUUGGGCACUUCUAAUAAAACCAGUCCGCACUGAACCAGUAGUACGAAAUAACACACCAGAAAAAGAGAUACAUUCAAAUGAAGGCAGAUUGCCAACUGCAAUUGAAAGACGGAAGAAUGCUAUAGCAGAGAGAAACCGCUUACUCGCCGAACCAGACACUGGGGGAGAAUUCGUUCGAAUCAAGAAUGCUCUACGGUACCUCGAUGAAAAGGUUUCAAGCCUAAGAAGUUGAUUUAAUAGACAACGGUAGGUAUUAUAAAACGACUGGAAGCAGUGACUCUACUUAUUAACAUACUACCUGUGGCUGACUGUACUUAUUAAAAAAAAUCAAAGUACUGA